AUGCACGACGCCGCGGCCUCUUCCCCCCAUGCUACUCCUGAGAGCACACUUGAUGCACGCAGCAGUGAUAACCACGCCUGCAGCACUGCCAACCGCGCUAGCAGCUCCAGUAACCGCCCAGCAAGCACAGUUGCGGGUGCUGAAGCAGCGGGUGCUGCCGCCUCUGGUGCUGUGUCACAUGCUGCGCAGAUACAGCAGCAGCGGCGGCGCAUGACUCGUCUGGAGAGCAUGCUGCUGCGCAGCUCCUCGUUUAACGGCAGCUGGUUCAACAGCCGCGGCUUCAAUACUGUCACACUCACAAGCUCCGUUAGUGAUGGAUCCGCCAGUGAAAGAUCCGUUAGUGGUAGAAGCACCGUGGUGAGCUUCAGUCUGUUCAUGGCCAGCCAAAAGAGUCUGCUCUCCUGCGGGGUGUGGCACACUGUGUGGUCGCUCGCCCUGCGCUUCGCCCUCACUCUUUUGUCACUGUCUCUUGCGCACACCCAUCCCAACCCUCCCCCUUCAGGUCUGUUCAUGGCGAGCCAAAAGAGCCUUCUCUCCUGCGGGGUGUGGCACACUGUGUGGUCGCUCGCCCUGCGCUUCGCCCUCACUCUUUUGUCACUGUCUCUUGCGCACACCCAUCCCAACCCUCCCCCUUCAGGUCUGUUCAUGGCGAGCCAAAAGAGCCUUCUCUCCUGCGGGGUGUGGCACACUGUGUGGUCGCUCGCCCUGCGCUUCGCCCUCACUCUUUUGUCACUGUCUCUUGCGCACACCCAUCCCAACCCUCCCCCUUCAGGUCUGUUCAUGGCGAGCCAAAAGAGCCUUCUCUCCUGCGGGGUGUGGCACACUGUGUGGUCGCUCGCCCUGCGCUUCGCCCUCACUCUUUUGUCACUGUCUCUUGUGCACACCCAUCCCAACCCUCCCCCUUCAGGUCUGUUCAUGGCGAGCCAAAAGAGCCUUCUCUCCUGCGGGGUGUGGCACACUGUGUGGUCGCUCGCCCUGCGCUUCGCCCUCACACCGCUCACCACCGCUCUCUUUGCCUUCCUCUUUGGCAUCUGCGGGAAGCUCUUCCGCAUCAUUGCCAUGCAGUCCGCGCUGCCCCCUGGGGUAGUGACCUUCGUGCUGGCCAACGAGUACAAGUCCCACACUGCCAUUCACUGCACCGGGGUUUGCUUUGGGACCUUAAUAUCUUUUCCCAUACUCAUGGGAUAUUAUCUACUCCUGGGAGAGUGA